ACUUCUGACAGUACCAUAUUCAAAAUUAUAAUUUCUCUAUAAUUUAAGUUUUACGGAGCUUCUUAAAUUUUAUAGUAUUGUUUGACAUUCUAUUUAGAACUAAAUACUAAGCAUUUUUUAAAACAACAACAUACUCAGGUAUUUACAAUUAAUCAACAAAAUACUGAACUGCCUUAAUUUCUAUUAAUCAUAUCAAUUCCCCGUUUAUUCAUUUGUAACCUAUUUUUCUGCUUCUCGUGUUUUUCCUCUCUUUUGUUCAUUCCUCUGGGCUCUUUCGCUGGCUCCCCAGCAAUUGUGGGUAAACUAAGCCUGUCCUGGAGAAAAGAGGUUCUAGGAAAACCGACUAAGCCCAAAGGUAUUAAGCUCUUUUCCAUAAUUCUAAUAUUAUGGAUUGGGAGCGCUGUGUAAGAGAUAAAACAUAUCUACAUUUUGUUUUGAGGGCGCAACAGUUCAGAUGAUGCUUGUGCCUUUCAGCAUAAAGAUCUUUACUCCAUCUGGCUACCACUCGAAGGAUCUAACGGGGAUCUUGCAGGGACCCGCUCAUACUGGCGAAUCAGCGACUUUCUCCUCCUCCCCUUUCCUUUUUUGUGCGGCUUUUCCCGCACCCGUUCCCCUUUCCGCCGCUCGAGUUCUAGAUUAGGCGCUUGCUGAUUGGACACACACCCAAACACACACAGAAAAACCGCUGGGGAGAGGCCAGAAGCAGCGACUGACGCCAGCUGUCCAAACGCACGUUUCGAACAUGAGUUAGCUGGGAAAAGGCUGGUCAGCUGCGGAGCGCAACUGCGAUUCCUUCCCCUUGCUGUCCUUCGAAGACCGCGGCUGGGCGGCGGCGGGGAGCAAACAAAGUGAGGAGCGUGGCCGCGGAGAGUGGAAGCGAGCACUGCCCAGACCGACGCUAACUGUCCCUCCGUCGGGAAUGUUUCUCUCCGCCCCCGAGGCGAUAAUUACAGAAGCCAUCUGCAAAGAUUGCAAAUGGUGACAACAUGAACCUGGGAUUCUGCAAUCAUAAAUAUACAUGCCAGUUACCAAGUGCCCAAAUUUUGAUCACAAGACUGUGGGGAUGCUGCAAUGGUCGCUAAUAAAGAUAAAGUUGUUUUGGAAGUUGAUUUUACAGUCAUAAAUAAUUUGCCCCUUGAAUUCCUGCUGUUAGCUCUUUCUUCUGUUGUUGGUUAAUGGAGGGGGCACGUUAAGCACAAAAUAGAGAUAUACACACAAUUUUAUAACAGUGAUCUGUACAGCAUGUUCUGCACAAAACUGAAAGAGCUGAAGAUUACUGGAGAAUGUCCUUUCUCCUUGCUCAACCAAAGUUGCAUUCCAGAUGAAAAUGAGGAAGAAUGUGCUGAGGUGCCCAACAGCUCUAAGACUUCUUUGCCCAUAUGCAGAGAGAAAGUCCCUCAUGGGAACCUUCCACAGAGGAAAAUCAGCAAGAACAGAGUAUUUCUUCAUACUUUAGCUGAGACCAUUUACAAGCUCAUCUCUCCAGAAUAUGAAAAGUUGUGUCUUGCAUUUCAAAGAAGCCUAGCCAAUAAUAACAUAAAAGAAAUCAGACAGUGUGGGGAAAAAGAUUUUGAGAAGCUACUCACUGAUCAUGCAAAUUUGGCUGGAAUUCCAGUCACUGUUAUAAGAGAAUCACUUGGUGAAGAGCUGUUCAAAAUAUGUUAUGAAGAAGAUGAACACAUCCUUGGAGUUGUUGGGGGAAGUCUGAAAGACUUUUUGAACAGUUUCAGUACUCUUCUGAAGCAGAGCUCUCAUUGCCAUGAAGCUGGAAAAAUGGGCAGAGUUGAAGAAGUCUCAAUUUUGUGCUUGGAAAAAGAUCCCAAUUUUUUAAAUGUAUAUUAUUUUUCCCCCCAAAAACCAACCACACUCAUUCUGUCUGGCAUUAUUAAGGCAGCAGCUCUCAUUUUGUAUGACAUGGAGGUGGAAGUAAUGGUAAUGCCACCCAGCUUCUGCAAAGACAGUUCUGAGUUUAUUGAUCAACCUUAUUUAUUAUAUUCUGUGCAUGUCAAAAGCACAAAGCCAUCACUAUCACCCUGUAAACCCCAAUCUUCUCUUGUCAUUCCUACUUCUAUGUUCUGUAAAACGUUUCCUUUCCAUUGCAUGUUUGACAAGGGCAUGGUUAUAUUGCAAUUUGGCAAUGGCAUCAGGAGACUAUUAAACAAAAGAGAAUUUCAAGCAAAGCCACAGUUUCAUGAGUGGUUUGAAAUUUUAGCUCCUAAAAUAAAUUGCACAUUUAGUGGGAUCAUGACAAUGCUGAACAUGCAGUUUAAUAUAAGAGUGAGACAAGGAGACAAAGUUCUUAAAAAGUCAACUGGGGUUAUGGAUCUUAAAGGACAAAUGAUUUACAUUAUUGAAUCUAAUGCCAUUUUGUUCUUGGGAUCUCCUUGUGUGGAUAGACUGGAAGAUUUCACAGGACGUGGCUUAUAUCUUUCAGAUAUUCCAAUUCAUAAUGCACUUAGGGAUGUUGUUUUAAUAGGUGAACAAGCCAGAGCUCAAGAUGGAUUGAAGAAAAGAUUAGGGAAGCUUAAAGUAACUCUUGAACAAGCUCAUCAAGCUCUUGAAGAAGAGAAAAAAAAGACAGUUGAUCUUUUGUGCUCUAUUUUACCUGAGGAGGUUGCUCAGCAGCUAUGGCAAGGACAAGUUGUACAGGCCAAGAAAUUUAAUAAUGUCACAAUGCUUUUUUCUGACAUCGUAGGAUUCACUGCAAUCUGUUCUCAGUGUUCACCCAUGCAGGUUAUCACCAUGCUUAAUGAGCUCUACACUCGCUUUGAUUAUCAGUGUGGAGAAUUGGAUAUCUACAAGGUAGAAACCAUUGGAGAUGCAUAUUGUGUAGCUGGAGGCUUACAUAAAGAAAAUGAGACCCAUGCGAUUCAGAUUGCACUAAUGGCACUUAAAAUGAUGGUUCUGUCCAAUGAAGUGAUGUCACCACAUGGAGAAUCCAUCAAGAUGCGUAUAGGACUACAUUCUGGCUCUGUUUUUGCUGGGGUUGUUGGUGUGAAAAUGCCACGUUACUGUCUAUUUGGAAACAAUGUAACACUUGCCAACAAGUUUGAGUCUUGCAGUAUCCCUAGGAAAAUAAAUGUCAGCCCCACUACCUACAGGUUGAUAAAGGAUCACCCUGGCUUUGUGUUUACUCCUCGCUCAAGACAAGAACUUCCUCCCAACUUUCCAAGUGAUAUACCUGGAAUCUGCUACUUUCUUGACGCUUAUCUUCAGGGGAAAAGUACAAAAGCCUGGUUUCAGAAGAAAGAUGCUGAAGAAGACAAAACAAAUUUCUUGGGGAUAUCAACAGGAGUGGAUUAAAUUGUAUUUUGGAGACAAAACAGUGUGUAUGUAUGUGUGUGUUUGUAAUAUUUCUGAGUUUUGAUUUCCUUUUGUUAAAGAAAUAUAAUAGCACUUUAGCUUAUUAAUCACUUGAAAGCCAGUAUUAAAUUUUAGAUAAAAAGGAUAUUGCAUACUAUGUGGAAUUUUUAUUAUGAUAAUAUAUUAAGUGUGUAAAAAAGAAUAGUUGAAGCAGUAACAAGAUAGAGAUAAUCUGCCUAUGAAGAAUUCUGUCCCUCCAGCAAUGAACGUUGAAGCCAGUUUUUUGAUAAUGUGCUUACACCUCCCCAAAUUUCCCAGUUUUUGGAAUCAGCUUUCACAAGUUUCUCAGCAUUCUACACCUCCAUCUGGGGCUGUGUGAGCAUCAGAGCAUGUACUAUAACUUUUUCUUUUUUUAAGAGAGCAAUUAGGUGUAGUGGUUAAGUUGCUGGCCUAGAAGAUAGGAGACUGAAUUCACCUUAGGCUUGAAAGCCGACUGGGUGACCUUGGGCCGGUCACUGUCUCUCAGCCUAACUCACUCAUGGGAUGGUUGUGGGGAAAAUAGGAGGAAGGAAUAUUAUGUAUGUUUGUCACCUUAGAGUUAUUUAUAAAGUAAUAGGUGGGAUAAAAAUUAAAUAUUACAUACAUAGGUGAUAUACACACGACCGGCCAGAUGAAUGCCACAGCUGUUUAGUAAAUUUUUCUAUUAUUUCAUAAGGAAUUAGAGAGUGCAGCCAUACAUUAUGGUCUAGUUACUGCUAAGGAUGCCAACAAGCUGUUUAGACUAAAACAUAAACACAGCCCCCAAAGUCAUAGUUUAUGGGAUUUGUAGUCCAGAAUAUCUGGAUACCUGCCUGUUGAAAUCCAAUUCUUGCUCUCUUUUUUUCCCUGAACAUCCUUUUUAUGGUUGACUUCCUUGGCAAUUUUCUUGUUAUGUAUAAAUUAACUUUGAUGACACUGUGCUUCCUGUUUCUAGUCAGUUAAACAAUAUUUGCACCUGUGGACUAAAUUCAGAAUUGCCUCUGGUUCAUUCUAUGUCUAGUCUUUUAAUGCACAACUCUUAAUAUUAUUUACAAUUUAUAUCUUUCCAUGAAAAUAGUAUAUGUUUUAUCCAGUUUAUGUGAAGGCCAUUAAAAUUACUCACUAUUGCAAUAUUGCAAUAUUUGCUCCUUAACAACAAUAAGAGUGCUUUGGUCAGAUGGUAAUAUCAAAGAUUAUGGAAAUACUAAGAGGUAAUCAUUUAGAUGACAAUUUUAUUUGCACCUAUCUAGAUAAAUGCCAAUGAAUUCAGUAGGACUUUUGAGUAAACAUACAUAGGAUUAUUAUUUCCCUAUUUGUAUGGAGUUGGCAAUUUUUAGAACUAUUAUACACAAGAUGCCACUCACUGCUAUCACUGUAUAUAAAUUAAUAUAUGUAAUAUAUUGUAUAAUCAAAUCUAAAAUUUGUAUUCAAACAGCAUUUUAAGUUUGUGAAGUACACAUUUUAUAGGAAGCACAUUCUGUAUAUACCCUGUUCUGUAUAAUAGCAAUAAAUGUUUUCUCAAGUAAUUUUAACUGUUUAGAUUAAAUAAUUUUUGCUUAACAGUAUUAACAUAGCAAUAUGGGAAAAUAUGAAAUGAAUCAAAUAUAUGUAUAUAGAGACUUUGAAUAUAUUAUGGUAAUGUUUGAGCUCAAUAAAAAGAAUUACACAGAAAGGAUGUACAGAACUUUGAUAGCACAAAAAUUGAUAUACUUUAUUUGCCAGUUGUGCUUAAUAAUAAAAUUAAUAUCAUAGGGCAACAUUUAAUUUAAUUCAAUCCUUAUGUUUUUCAGUCCUGAGUAGAUCCUCUACUAUUCUUUUUUUAACAAAGAGAACUUAACAUUACUCUUAUAGUUCCUAAUAUUUCUGAAUAACUAGACAUGCUUACUUCAACUCACUAGUGCCAGUAUGCUUAUUAAUUAGGGCUCAUUUUUGUUCCAUGUCAUACCUCGGAGAUAGCUAUGCUAACACCAUAAUCUGAAAAGAAAUAGGUAGGGAAAUUGAAAACCAAUUUCAUUUCAUUUACAAUUUAUAUUAAAAUGAAAUAUAGUACUAUCAAGUUUGGAAACAAUGUUUCUAGGUCUCUGGAGGCCACACAGGGCUUCUGAUGACACCACAGACUUCAGGCUGUGCAACAUACCUAUUAUGGGUAGAGAAACACAAGUAACUUUUUCAUUGCAACAUUCUGGUCUUUCAUGUAUAGAUGAUUUUCAGAAAUGAGAAGAAAUCAAUGAUAGCACAUGGUAAAAAAAGAAUAGUAUUUUUAAUGAUGUGGCGAAUUAGAUAUUAUUUUAGAUCAUAUUGUAUAAUGCAUUUCAUAAAUUUGUGACCAAUGGGACAUGAAUUUUUCCAUUUGUAUUUGUAUCCCAUUAUAUUUGUAUUGUUUCA